UCUGGCAUAAACAUGCAUGAAACAAUACAUGGCCAUACCCUAGAGUUUAUAUAUAGACCCCCACCCCACGACACAAUUGUAUUUGUUCACUGUAAGCUGUUUCACCCGUCCCGCAUUUAAAGAUAACAUAUUAAUAUUUCAGGAAAAAAGAAAAAAUGAAGAAAUGGGGUGUUUUAUUCUUGGUUAUUUUCUUGAUCCAUGAACAUAACCGUGUUGGAGCGGAAGAUGAAUUUAUCAGAAGAGAAGGAGUGAAUUUCAUGUUAAAUGGCAGUCCAUUUUAUGCCAAUGGAUUUAAUGCCUACUGGUUGAUGUAUAUAGCCUCUGAUCCUUCUCAGAGAAAUAAAAUUUCUUCUGCAUUUCAAGAAGCAGUAAAUCAUGGCCUUACAAUCGCAAGAACUUGGGCUUUUAAAGAUGCUGGAGAUUCACCUUUACAAUACUCUCCUGGCUCAUAUAAUGAACAAAUGUUUCAGGGAUUGGAUUUUGUGAUUUUUGAAGCUAGGAAAUAUGGGAUAAAGCUGACAUUGAGCUUAGUGAACAACUAUGAGGACUAUGGAGGGAAAAAACAGUAUGUGAACUGGGCAAGAAAUCAGGGACAGAAUAUAUCAUCUGACGAUGAUUUCUUUACAAACUCAGUGGUGAAGGAAUAUUAUAAAAACCAUAUAAAAGCUGUGCUCACAAGACAUAACAGCAUCACGGGAAUUGUAUACAAGGAUGACGCCACAGUAAUGGCUUGGGAGCUUAUGAAUGAGCCAAGGUGCGCAACAGAUGCCUCAGGAAGGACCAUACAGGCAUGGAUUUCAGAGAUGGCUUCUUACUUGAAAUCUAUAGACAGUAAACACCUAUUAGAAGCCGGACUUGAAGGGUUUUAUGGACAAUCAGAUUCACACAAACAGCAAAACAAUCCAAAUUUUGAAGUAGGAACAGAUUUCAUAGCAAACAACCAGAUUGUUAACAUAGAUUUUGCAACUGUUCACUCAUAUCCAGAUCAAUGGUUAACCAGACAAAAUGAUGAAGCCCAAAUCUCGUUUUUGAACAAAUGGCUACAGAGUCAUAUCCAAGAUGCACAAAACAUUAUCCAAAAGCCACUUCUUUUUGCUGAGUUCGGAAAAUCGUCAAAAGAUCCUGCUUAUAGUACAUAUCAAAGAGACCUGUUGUUCCAUAAAGUAUAUACAGCAAUAUAUUCGUCAGCUGGAGGAGGUGGCGUGGCAGCAGGCGGCUUAUUUUGGCAACUUCUAACAGAAGGAAUGGACAACUUUAGAGAUGGCUAUGAGAUCAUAUUUAACAAAAGCCCAUCAACGGCCAGCCUGAUUGCAGAGGAAUCACAGAAGUUGAACAAGAUACGGAAGAAGUAUACGAGUUUAAGAAACAUUGAGAAGUAGAAGAAAGCAAGGAGUUGAACUGGUGGAAAUUAGUAAAAUUGAAAUGAGCAGCAAAGCAGAAAAUAUUAGUCCAAAAUCUUAAAAAUCUCAAGAAACACCCUUGACAUAAUUGAGUGGUGAUUGUUCCUAGUAAAUUUGGAGUCGCUAACUGAUGUGGACAUUAGCCUUUUGUAUUAUGGACUUUUGUUUAUGCUUUCUUUAGUGGUUUUGUACUAAUGGGCUGGUCCAAGCACUUAACUUUCAGUUUUUUCAUUUUCUAUACACAUGGCUGGAAGUGAAUCUUUUUGGGGUAGAUGAUGAAUGAAUGAAUUGAUAAUUUGCUUGGUAAUCAA